CACUUAACUAGAAACAUUAACCAAAUAAAGUGUGCAGACGUUUUGUUGCACGACUCACCAAGACUCGGGUCCUAUCGUUCAAGGUAAAGAGCCGUUCAAAAGAAUCGAUUCGUUCGUGAAUGUCAUAUUUCUAACCCCUGCCUGUUGUGUUAUCCUACUUAGAUGACUUUGUAAGACAACAGGAAAUGGCUUCCACAGAGAGAGGCUUCUGUGUUAAGGGAGAUGAAAACAUUCAGUCCAUGCUGGUGGGGACAUUGAUGAGGAAAAUUAAAUCUAGAAAUUGGAAAAAGCAACGAUACUUCAAGCUCCAGGAUGACAUCAUGACCAUCUGGUACAAGUCCAAGAAGGCUGGCAAAGCCCACUCCACCUUUUCUGUGAGCGAUGUGGAGGUAGUGCGAGAAGGCCAUCAAAGUGAAGUACUACUCAGCAUCGCAGACAUGUUCCCUGCUGACCGAUGCUUCACGGUGGUGUUCCGUGGUCGCCGGGGAAACUUGGACCUGGUGGCCGAGUCAGCCGAGGAGGCCCAGUCCUGGAUCAAAGGCAUGAGGAAGCUGAUUGAGAACCUAGAAAAUAUGGGAGAGAGGGAAAAACUAGACCAAUGGAUAGGUGAUUGGUUCAAGAAGGCUGACAAGAAUAAAGAUGGCAGGAUGAACUUCAAGGAAGUGCGAGAUCUCCUGAGGAUGAUGAAUGUGGACAUGAAUGAACACCACGCUCAUCGUUUGUUCACAAUGGCAGAUAAAUCACAGACUGGUGCCCUCGAAGGUGAUGAGUUUGUCUUGUUCUACAAGAUGUUGACCCAGAGAGAAGAUAUUUUGAAAAUUUUCCAGGAGUUCUCGUCUGAUGGUCAGAAGUUAUCCCAGACUGACCUUGAGGAGUUCCUGAGAGAGGAGCAGUUGGAGGGGGGUGAUAUCCAUCACCGUGCUCAGGAGCUCAUUGAAUGCUAUGAGCCCUCAGACACAGCCAAGCUGCUGAAGGCCAUGACAUUUGAUGGCUUUUUGAUGUACCUCGGUUCAGCUGAGGGCUCUAUCUUCAGCCCACAGUGCAGGGGCAUCUUUCAAGACAUGAGCCAGCCGCUGUGCCAUUACUUCAUCUCUUCCUCCCACAACACAUAUCUGAUGGAGGACCAGCUCAGAGGACAAAGCAGCGUGGAAGGAUACAUCAGGGCUCUUAAUCGUGGCUGCCGGUGUGUCGAGGUAGACUGUUGGGACGGUGCCAAUGGAGAGCCUAUAGUCUAUCAUGGACAUACCUUCACCUCCAAGAUACUCUUCAAGGAUGUGGUCAAUGCACUGGGAAAAUAUGCCUUCAAGGUAUCGGAAUAUCCGGUCAUCCUCUCAAUCGAGAACCACUGCAGUGUUGACCAGCAGAGAGUCAUGGCCCAACACCUUAAGCACAUUCUUGGUGACAAGUUGCUUAAAGGCAUGUUGGACGGCAGGGCCCCAGUAGGACUGCCAACUCCUGAGGAACUUAAAGGGAAGAUUCUUCUGAAGGCAAAGAAAAUUGGUGGCUUGGAGGAAAGCUUCAAUGGGACUGUGGAAGACUCUCUGACAGGAGAGGUCAGCGAAGAAGACGAGGUGACUGAAAUAGAUGAAGAUAAUCUAUAUCGUGAAAGUAUCCGGCGCAGAGUAAAGAGGUCAAAGCAGCGUUUAUCCAAGGAACUGUCAGACUGUGUGGUCUACUGUAAGAGUGUCCACUUCAGGAGCUUCAAACACGCCCGCAUCCACUCCAAGUUCUACGAGGUGGCGUCUUUUACAGAGUCCAAAGCCCGCAAACACUUACGAGAGGCUGGAGCAGAGUUUGUGCACCAUAAUUCACGGCAGCUGACCAGGGUAUAUCCCACUGGCUUCCGAACUGACUCUUCCAAUUUCAAUCCCCAGGAAAUGUGGAACGCUGGGUGCCAAAUAGUUGCACUGAACUUCCAGACAGCUGGAGAGGGGAUGGAUUUAAAUGAUGGUCUGUUCAGUCAGAACAGCCGCUGUGGCUACGUCCUGAAGCCAGGCUUCAUGAGAGACCACGAUAACAGGUUUGACCCUGAUCUGCCUCAGAAACGAGAUGACUACCAUCCCAUCGUCCUCACCAUCCAGGUGAUUAGUGGCCAGCAGUUGCCUAAAGUCAACAUCAAAGAGGAUUCCAUAGUGGAUCCUCUAGUCAGAGUGGAGAUCCAUGGAGUUCUGAUGGACCAGGUCAAGCAAGAAACCAGAUACAUUGAGAACAAUGGAUUCAACCCUCUGUGGAACGAUACACUGCGCUUUAACAUCCACACACCUGAACUGGCUCUGGUCCGCUUUGUGGUAGAAGACUAUGACAAGACAUCCAAAAAUGACUUUGUGGGGCAGUUUACACUGCCACUCAGCUGCAUGCAGCAAGGUUAUCGUCACAUUCAUCUUUUAUCCAGAGAUGGAACCAAGAUUUCUCCCUCAUCCUUGUUUGUUCAUGUUAGGAUCACAGAUCUGGAAUGAUCCACACAGAUGUUCCACAAAGAACAACAUUCCACAUCUUAUUAAAUAAUGAAGUCAAUUUAUAUUUUUCUCAUACAGCGUUAGAUUAAAUGUUAGUAUUUAUUCCUAUUCUUAUUUGAAGUGAAUAAAAACUAUGCCAAAUGUGUAGAUUUUACAAGGUUUAUGCAUGGAUAUCUGCUCUCCGUCUUAUUGCUGUAUGUGUAUGUGUGUGUGUGUGUGUGUGUGUGUGUGUGUAUCUGUGUGUGUGUGACUGGAUGUACAUGUAUAUGCUUAUUUCUGCUGUUGUGCUAUAUUGUGCUGUAGUGGAGAAUGUGCCACCAGAUAUUUGAGUCAGGAAACCCACCCCCUUGCUUUGUCUGCAUUGAUCCUGGCUGCAGUCCGGCUCCUCCUGUCAUGUAACCCAUGAAGGGAAAUACUGAAGGAGCUCGUUUAAAGAAAGCAACACUUUGAGCUCUGACACAUAGGUCAAACAUUAGAAAUAACACAGAGUGAUGAAGUUGUUUCUUUUCAAACGGAUCAUGAAGGCAUUCACAUGCCUUGGUUUCAGCCUCAGAUAUGAUCCUGUAUUCUUCAUUGAAAAUUACACUGAAAGUUCUCUGCACAUUGGCUCUGUUGUACUUCUGGAUUCCUUCAAGAUGUUUAAAAGAAAGAACAGGUGGAUUUAGUCCCAACUCAGCCUAAGAGCCCUCCAUGCCCCCACUGGGUUAUUAUCUUUAAUCCUUACCUUUCUUAAAUUAAAGUUCAGGAUGUUUGAAGAGAAGCUAUGACCCAGAAGCGAAUGAAACCAGUGUAAUUCCUGUGUAGUCAUAAAAGCAGCUGAUGUAAUGAUGGAUCCAUCUUUCAGAUAUCCUCUUACUGACAGAUUGUUCAGCUGUUUUCCGGAUCUCACAGAAAAAGUAUCUCUGCUCCACCUUCUUUUUAAAGCACCCUGGUUUGAGGUGAAGCUGGAAUGAGGAACUCCUCACUGUUCAGUAUGUGUAUAUAAUAAAUAUUUGUUUGAUUGUGUUUUCAUAUGUAUUUUGUAUUCAUACCAUAACAUUUAAAGCAGACUGUAAACUGUUAUUGUUUGUUUUGUAUUGGACAUAUUAUCAUUGAGCACAAUCAGGAAGAAAUAAAAGAU